AUGGCCAAGCGGCGCGCGGAGCCGCUGAUGUGUCACGUGCCCGUGAAGCGGCUGCUGCGCGAGCCGGCGCUGCCCCGCGCGGGCGAGCGGCGGCCCCGGGCAGAGCCGGGCUGCGCGGGCCCCGCUGCGCCCAAGCGCCCGCUGGAGGAGGCGGAGGCGCCGCCGGGAAAGCGGCUCGGGCCCGGCGCCCCCCGUGCGCUGCCGGGGGACGCGGGCGGCGGGCGGCGGCGGCGCGGAGAGGGGGCAGCCGCCGCCGAGCAAGAAGAAGAAUUCUGUGAAUAUAACUCAUUCCUGUACUGGAGAGCACCACUGCCUGCUAUUGAUUUGUCUGAUAUUCAGAACCUAGAUGAAGAGACUCCACUGGGCGCAAAAACUGCUGCAAGGACUGAUAUCACAGAGACUGAAAUGGAAACCUGAUCAGUUGUUUCAUUGCUGUCCCCAGGAAUCUUGUUUCCAUUGAGAUUCAGGUUUUGUUCCUUGGGUGAAUAAUGAGUAUGCUUAUGCCGUCUUGGAGAAACUGUUGUGACAGUCUUUAAAUGCAAAUCUGAGUUGCCUUAGUGGAUGGGAUAAAUGGUAUUGGAUACUUAACAGUGGGCUGUCUGAAGAUGUGCAGUAAGGAGGAGCCAACAGUGUCUAAAAAGAAUACUUGAAAACACAGAGGCAGACUGAAAGAAUAAUACAGAAAAUUAGAACUUUGGGAUGCAAUUAAAAGUAAUGGGGAUAUGUUAUGUGUUGAUAGAAAAUGCAAAAUAAUUUUAUCCUUGACAAAAAAAGUGUGGUACCUGAAAGUGAAAUAUGUGUUGUUUUUUUUUUUAAUGUGUCUUUUUUUCUGUAUAAUAGCUAAACCAAAAUAUAAGAGUCCAUCAAAACUGGACAAAACAUUCCCUUUUCUAUGCAAACCAAAAACCAAGUGUGACAGAAGGGGAAGGAAAAGGGAUUACUUUCUGCUGAAAGCUGCUGCUGUGUUCAUAUUCUCAUUGUGAAAAAGUAUUUUCACCUUCUCUUUUUCACAUUAUGCACAGCAGUGGGCACCCAGUUUUCAAUGUUUUUGGUUCAUUCUAAAGUUAUUGUUAUUCUUAGUCUUUGUGACAUUGCUCUGAACCAGUUGUCAGCAUCUGAAUAACACGUUUUGGCAAAUGUGUCAAGGCAAGUUAGUGCAAUAUAAAAUGACCGCACACUCUUUCAAACUUCAGUGAAUGAGGUGUAGUUUUUGCAGAGACUGUGAAUCUUGGAGAAAGUUUUUGCAGAAGUUCAUUCAAAUAGUGGUUUUUUGCUGUGAAAUAUGAACUUAAUGUUUGUGAUUUUCAAUUUAUUUACAAAUUGAAGUACAAUUAGAAAGACAUGUUUUUAAUAAUAGACUGAAGUUGUAUGGGAAGACUUAGAUUUUGCAAAUACUAAGGAUAGAAGACAUUGUAUUUUUUCUGUAAUCAUUAUGCAAAAAGCAACUUUUGAAUUUUAUUUUUUUCUAAUGAUGUGCUUGCUAAAGGACAAUAAAGUUUUGCUUGUGUGUAUACGAUAA